UGUUAAAUGUUUCUGUGUUUUAUUAUGAUAUUGUGAAAAAUAUAUUUGCGACUGUUUUAAAUUUCUAUAAAUAUGGAUAAUAGCUCGUACAAAGAAAGAAGCUCCUUACGCAGGGAUGACAAUUCAUUGGGAAUUUUAAACAUGGAUAAUUUAAAGGGUAGAGGAAAAUUUUUUGGUGAUCUAUCAACUGAUUCCUUUAGGAAUGCUAAUAACAGAAGUGGUGGGUCGAUCGAAAAUGGAAGAAUCGUAAAUGAUCGCUUAAAUAAUGAACGAAUGAAAGCAUUAGAGGCUUUACAAAAAUCCCAUAAAGGUGAUAUUUUUAAAAGGCCACAUCCAGUUAACAACAAAGAAAACUCUAAAAGUGCCAUUAAUGUAUCAUCAAAUAAUCCAUCAAUGCAACUAGAUCAUACGGAUUAUGUACCAUUUCGUCGUCCCAAUGCUAUCAAUAUAUCAGAUCUUGUCACAGAUGAAACUAUAAAUCUUGAAAGUAGCUCAUCAUGUCCACCAUCUGCUUCGAAAGAUGUCAAAGUAUCUUUUGAACCAACAGAAAUUACGGGUCGAUCUACUCUCUACAACAAGGAGAUAAAAAAUCACAAAAAUAUGGCAGUGGGCGGAGGAGGUGGCAGCCGUAGUGAUGUUUACAGAACAAAACAUAUAUCGGUCAGUGACAUUCUUGCUUCUUCGUUUGCACCAAAAGCACGCAAUCUCUGUGAAACGUUGCAAAGCAGCGAUAUUACCUUGGAUUCCACCGAUCAUCAUCUGCAAGGUAUAUCGAACGCCAGCAGUUCUUUCACAAGUUAUAAUGGGUCAAGAAGCUUGCCGCGUACCGCAGAUAUGUCUUUGUCAAAGAACACCUGUACUGAGGAGUCAUUUAAUGGUGGUUUUGGAACAUUUUCGUUUAGUACGGCUGGUGCUGGCACCGGUCUGGAUGAAAGUGAAAAUUUUGCACCUGGAGAACUCAUGCAAUCUAAACUAAUCAAUGACGAAAUAUCAUGGGCCCAAGAAUAUGCUGCCAUACCAGCUGCUACUUUAAGUGAACAAGCUAAAGCAAAGGCUUCACGGAAUUCAGAAAUUACCUCAAAUGUUUUUGACACACCUUCAAAUUCAAACUCCAUGAUUGCCGGUGAUCCAAACUUUUCAGUUGGAAAUUUUUUCAACAUGAGAUCAGACAACCUAUGGAAUAUUGUUAAAACCAAAAGUCCAGAUAAGUACCGUACGCCUAUUGCAUUGGUGGAUGAAGAGGACAAUACCGUAACCACAACAACAUCAAGUGAUUUAGAGGGUUCUUCUAAGAUUUCAGUCACACCGAAAAUUGACAAUAAAACGUACACUCGUGUAGGUACACUACUAACGCCAAUAGAAGCGAAAAUGUCAUUGCCAAGACAAAUGACCAGUUCAAAUAGUAACCACGAAAGCAAAGAUUCUGGCAACUCCACGGAUAACUCGUAUCUGCUCAGUAUUUCUGCGAUAGACCGGGCUUUAUGUAAUUUGGAUAUUCCAUCGGAUGCUUCUGGUAUUGGUGUGUCCGAACAAUUAUUGAUGCAAGGUAAAAAAUCCAAGUCAUGUAUGAAUCCGUAUAAUGAGACAGAGAAUUUUGAAAACAAUGCUGAAAUGUUGCGUUCAAAAGGUCGAUCUUUAGGAGCUGACAUUAAAAUGAAUGGUAAUGAGAAACUUAAAGCUGUUGAGGAAAUGGUUUUAGAAAAUAAAGAAAAUCUUGAUCCUGAAACUAAACGUACUUCAGGUGGAGGGACUUUAUCCGAUACCAUGAGUUUUAGUGAAUCGCUUUUAAAUUCGAGCGAUAUGAAAAACUUGCAGCGUAGCAUUGCUCUACCACGUUCACCGUUAAGCCCCAUAGAACUAGGCGCUCCGAAUAUACGAGUGAAUCGGGUGGCUGAUGAUGGUGGUGACGAAGCUGACAAUGAUGAAUGGCCUGGUACUCCCAUCACCAGUAACCGACGCAUUCGGCGUACUAAAUCACCAAGAGAUAAAAGUCCUUUGCAAAGUAAUGCAGUCGUGCAGGAUUCUCCCGAUGCAACCACUCCGGUUAAUUCGAGACCUUCUCGAGCUUAUGCCCUAAAUAAUAAAAACAAAACAGAGAAGGAGCCAAAAUCAAUGAGUUCUACACGUCUCGAUGGAGUUGAUCAUAAUUCGAAUACAGAUUUCGGAAUAUCGCCUAAUAUUUCGAAUGGCCAUCACCACUCUGCUAGUUCUUUAGUGGUACGAAGUAAUACUCUAAGUGUUCCACCAUGCAUUUCGCCCAGAGCUCCAAGUCCAGCUCGUUUAGACAAUUCCCCACUCUCUUCACCGCGUAGCUAUAAUUUGUCUCAGGUACACUCACCAACACCCAGCACCUUAGGAUUCCAAUCACCGAAUCUUGAUGCCACAUCAAAUUCUGAUCGUCAAUUACUUAGUGCCGGUGCAGCUCGAAAAGCUGUAUCGUCUCCGGUUGGUAGUGAGUCCUCCAGUACUUGCAGCAGCUAUGGUACCAUGCAAACCUAUCGAAGCGCCAUAUCGGCCCAAAGUGGUCGCAGCGUUUCCCGAUGCUCUAGUUCAAGUGAAUUUAGCCAUCGAGACGGCAAACAAAUUCCCCUCAAAGUAACAAAUAUCGAACUUUCUUGGGGCAGCAUCAAAUUGCGCAGCGAUUCUCGUAAAUCCAUGCAAAUAAAGAAUAUUAUUAGCAAACGUUUGGUGAUACGCAUUGAGGUAAGUGGUCCAGGUUAUCAAAUUGUCAAUUCUCAGCGUAGCAACACCAUUACGUUGCACUCGCAAGAGUGCCGAACCAUAAGCAUUAGUUUUUGUCCCACCGUGCGAGGUGUGGCCAUUGGUAAACUAUCAUUUUACGCUCCCAGCGGUGCACAGACAAUUGGAAACUCAUUUCUAGAUGUUCCGCUCUAUGGUUAUGGUGGAAAUGCCAGCGUAAUUGCACAAAACAUAUCGAUGGGACCAGUAGGCUCUCCCUUCGUUACCAUGGGGGAUGUGUGCGAGUUGGCCCAGCCCUUGGAACGUACUGUUAGCUUUUACAAUAAGGGUCCACUGUUGGGUUUUGCUGCUGUCUCUAUAGACUCAAUUGGUCUAAUGAUGCCUCGCCUAAGCGAUGCCUUUGAAAUACAUCCUCGCAUGAUUCUAAUACCACCCAAAAAUAUGGUGGACGUGCGUAUUGUGUUCCGUCCUAAGCGGGAGGAAAUUAAGAAAAUAAUCAAAAAAAUGGGCAACGUUUUAACUUUGGCUAACAUGCGUGUCAUUUGUGGCGACGAAGCCAAUCGCCAGCGAAUACGACGUUUGUUGUCUAAAAUGAACGAAGAAGAACGUGCGAAGCUCUCUUCGAGUGCUUUAGAUAUGCUGUGGACGAAAUUUCCCCAAGAAUUGGAAAUAUCCGAUUUAAAUGACAUCAAUGAAAAUCCAAACAUUGCCAUGGACUUGGCAUCGUUCUUCCGCAUUCAUGAAAUUUUACUUACCAUCAACCAUGAUAAUAUGGAUGACACAAUUGAAGCGUCUUCACUAUUUCUGGCAGACGUGGAUGAGACCGUACUGUUUCGAACCAUAUGUGCUGCCGAUUCGCCUACACCUACAUCGACUCUGGGCACCGUAGAUGAAAUGUAUGAUGAAGAGGCUGAUGUAAAGUCAGACCAAAAUCCGACAACAAAGUCCACCAAUCAGGGUACCUGGUCCGUAAACCCUCGUACUCUUGAGAUACAUCUGAACAAUCAAAGUCCUACUACUCUCCGAGUGCAUAAUGGAUUUAAAUCGCGUCAGUUUUUCGAGGUGGCCUGUAACUUAAAGGAGGUAUUACGUUUUACACCUAACGAUGGCUAUGUGGCACCAGAUGGAGGACAAACUGAAAUUGAAAUCAGCCUACAUACGAAUUUACAGUAUCCUUUAGGAAACGUUUAUGUCAUGGUUUACAUGGAGAAUGAAAGGAUCAUGGUGCCUGUUAAGAUUAUUAAGUAACUUUGAGAAUUUUAUUUUUGUUCAUUUUAUUGUAUUGUAUGUAGUAAUUAGUUCCAAGUUCAUUUUAUAUGUUUAAAGCCAUUUGUUUUAGAUAAAAAAAAUAAAAUAUACAUGUAUCAAAUUUUAAAAUUUCAA